AUGCCGAACAAGCCGCCCAAGUAUAUCAGACAUGGCGCCUCCUAUGCUGGCAUUGUCGAGGAAGCACAAACUCUGCACCAGCUGCAGAGACUGCAUUGGAUCUUCUACGCUGUCAAAUACGGGAAUAACCAUGUUCCUGUGAGAAGGGACACUGCAGUGAUUGCGUCGGCGUUUCCAGAUCCCAAUGUGAUGCUCCUGGCUCCAGCUUUUCAGAAGCCCGAGUCCAUACCGGAGAGAUUUGCGAAUGGGAGCUCUGGACCAACAGAUCAGUAUGAGCUGGAGUACUAUCUGCAAAGUCUGGCUUCGAGGAACGAAUGGAUGAGUUUUGCUUAUGCAGACUUCCAGUCAGAAGAAGGCCACUCGUUCCCGUACGUGUACCUCUCUGAAUCCAACACGCAAUCAACAACAGCCAUCAACGGCUCUAGUAAGGUCAGAGUGUAUCUGCAAGGAGCCGUGCAUGGCAACGAGCCCGCAGGCGACCAGUCUCUGUUAGCUCUCCUGGGUAAGAUGGACGCAAAUCAAACCUGGACGGCCUCUCUGCUGGAAAAGGUCGACAUCAUGAUUCUGCCACGCUACAACCCAGAUGGUGUGGCAUACUUCCAGCGAACGCUGGCAACGAAUUUUGAUCCAAACCGAGACCACAUCAAGCUGGCGAGGCAGCAGACGAGGGAUCUGAAGCAACUUUUGAACAGCUUCGCGCCUCACGUGGCCGUAGAUAUGCACGAAUAUGGUGCCAGUUCAACUUACGGUGGCAACUACAAUCACGCCAGCGAUGGGCUUUUCAGCGCUGCGAAGAAUCUGAAUAUCCACCCAGAUAUUCGUCGUAUGUCAGAAGAGGUCUUUGCCACGAACAUCGCCUCUGCCAUGGAAGGUAAUGAUCUGAGGUGGGAGCCAUACGUGACUGGAAACACCAACUCCACACCUGGUUCCCCGAUUCUCUUCGACGAGGCGGGAAGCGAUGGCAAGAUCGGUCGCAACGCCAUGGGCCUGACGCAAUGCAUCACGUUCUUGUGCGAGAUGCGCGGCAUCGGCAUCGCCGACCAAGAAUUUGCCCGCCGCACAUAUGCCGGGCUGACUAUGGCUGAAGCCAUCAUUCAGACGGCAGCCGACCAAGCGGAGCAAGUAUUCGACACUAUAGAAAGCGGCAUCGAAGACUUCAUUUCCAGUCAGGAUGAGAUCGUUAUUACUGACUACAGCGACAAGAUCGAGCGGGAGUACUCGUUCGUGGACAAAUCGAAUGGCAGUGUGGUGCAAGUUCCUAUCAACUUCACUGUGACCACACCGGUCAACGCAAACUUGACCAGGGCACGGCCGGAGGCGUACUUGAUCCCCAAAGCUUGGCCAGAUGUCGCAGAGCGUCUUCGAGUGUAUGGACUGGAGGUACAGACUUUGACCAAUACAUUCCGAGGCGAGGUCGAGGCUCUGAACAUCACCUCUGCCGAAUUCGAUUCCGGAUACUAUGAGGGUACGGUGUUGUUGACUGUGACGACGGAGACUGUCAACAAGGAAGUUGAGCUUCCGGCAGGCAGCUUUAUGGUUAGCACGAGACAGAAGAAUGCUGCGCUGGCGUUCAUUGCGCUGGAGCCGGAGAAUAUCGACAGCUUAGUGGCGUUCAACCUUGUGCCCGUGGAGGAGGGAGACGAAUACCCAAUCUAUCGCGUGAUGGCCGUGUAG